GUCCAAAAUAUUUAUACAAUUAUAUACGUAUCAGAUUUUGGAUAGAGAAGAAAACCCCCAAGAGCCAGAAAUCCAAAACCCUCACGUUUUUACUUGACUAUUUGAAGCCGUAGUUAAGAUGUCAGUUACGCUGCACACCAAUCUAGGCGAUAUCAAGUGCGAAAUCUCCUGUGAUGAAGUACCUAAAGCAUCUGAGAAUUUUCUUGCAUUAUGUGCAAGUGGAUACUAUGAUGGGACUAUUUUCCACAGAAACAUAAAGGGGUUUAUGAUCCAAGGUGGGGAUCCUACAGGGACCGGCAAAGGCGGGACAAGUAUUUGGGGCAAAAAGUUCAACGAUGAGAUACGCGAGUCUCUCAAGCACAAUGCCAGAGGUGUGCUCUCAAUGGCUAAUAGUGGGGCCAACACAAAUGGGAGCCAGUUUUUCAUCACUUAUGCUAAACAACCACAUCUCAAUGGAUUAUAUACUAUCUUUGGCAAAGUGAUUCAUGGGUUUGAAGUUCUUGAUCUCAUGGAAAAGACUCCAACAGGAUCUGGGGACCGGCCGCUGGCAGAAAUCAGGAUUAAUCGUAUAACAAUUCAUGCUAACCCACUUGCUGGCUAAUCUUUGGAUAGAUGCAUGUGAUCUCUUUACCUUUGCACGUUCACAAUUAUGGUCCAGAAAUUGGCAUGUAUGUAUUGGUAGAGAUCCAUCACCAUCUACGACUUGAACAAAAUUAUGUAUUUAAGUAGUUGAUGUUUACUUGCUACUCAUACUUUUAGAAUCUGGGAUAUGAUUACUUUCAUCUCAUUUUAUGCGUA